AUGGAUUCGUUACCACCACUUGAGCCAACAACAGAACAAUAUCAGACACUUAGUGUGGAUACUCUAACCUACGAGAAACGUCGUUUGGAAAAUUCUAUAAAUCAUUUAAUACGAUCAAAUGAAGAGAUGAAAAAUUUUGAUAAAGAUGAUGCAGAUUUUCAAUUAGCUAUCAAAGAAAAUGAAGCUUUUAUAUUAAAGCAACAAGAUAAAAUCAAUACCAUUCAAAAUAUAUUAGCAGAAAAACAACAAAGUGGAAAUAAUUGCAUACCUCUAGAUCCUAACUCAUCAGCAACUGAAACUGCUACUACUACGUUUAAUGAUUUAAAUGAUAUUGAUCAGCUCGUCGAGGAUGUGCAAGAUAAUCACAAUAGCAAUAUCAAUG